AUGGACACCAGUGAUCACAAAAAGGUCAUAAUUUUAAAAGAAUAUGCCCACGCUUUCGUUACGUCAAAGGUUAUGUUUGCUGCCUGUGAUUUGAAACUUUUUGAUGUUUUGGCUGAGUCUGAGCAGCCUCUGUCAGCAGCAGCCAUAGCGGAGCGUUUACAAACAAGCAGCAGAGGAACGGAGUGCUUACUCAAUGCCUGUGUAGGAUUACAACUAAUAGAUGUGGAUACCAUAAAUGGAGAAGUGCUUUACAAGAACACCGAACUUGCACAAAGUUACCUUACAACCAUGAGUUCUAAGUCCCUUUGUAAUACAAUCAAAUUUUUCUCCAAUGAAGUUUAUCCAGCAGCCAGCCAUCUUAUAGAUGCCAUCAGGCUGGGAAAUCCAGUGUGCCAUGAAGAAUCCGGAGUUCCACCAAACGAGUUUUUCAAAGAUAUAUACAGGUCAGAAGACAAAAUGAUGGUAUUUAUGAAAUAUAUGGAUUCAUCAUGGACUUCUUUUGCCAAGAAAGAAGUUGUUUCUGCUUUUGAUCUUUCCUCCUUCAAGACUAUUUGUGACUUGGGAGGUUGUUCAGGAACUCUGGCCAAAUAUUGUGCAUCUUUGUUUCCAUCAUCCACAAUCAUUCUUUAUGAUCUACCUGAGAUAAUUCAAGCGGCCAAGGAACAUUUUGUUUCACCAGAGGAUAAUCGCAUUAUUCUACAGCAAGGUAACUUCUUUUCGGACUCUCUUCCCAAUGCUGACCUUUUCAUCCUGUCUCGUAUCCUAUUUGAUUGGGAUGAGGACACAUGUUUGAAACUACUCCACAAAAUGUACAUGGCUUGUAAUCCAGGAGGUGGGGUGCUUGUAAUUGAAACUAUAUUAAAUGAACACAGACGUGGACCACUGCUGACUCACAUGGAAAGUGUUCCAAUUUUACUGCUUACUGAAGGAAAAGUACGAACUGCUUCUGAAUACAAAGGGAUGCUUGAAACUGUUGGAUUUAAAGAUAUUAAAUGCAGUAUCAAAGGAAAUCUAUUCGAAGGCAUCCUUGCCAGAAAGUGA